GUGGUUCCUGGCUUUGCUUGGUUUCUGCCUGGUCCAUGUGGGCUGCCGGAGGGUAGCGGGGAGCACCGUUUCUUCCGCCAUCGCCAUCCCGACGCCCUCAGUCGCAGACGAUGAAGGUGAAGGUGUUGAGCCGGAAUCCGGAUGAUUACGUGCGGGAAACCAAGCAGGACCUUCAGCGAGUUCCACGGAAUUAUGAUCCUGCAUUACAUCCCUUUGAGGUUCCACGGGAAUAUACUCGGGCACUAAAUGCAACAAAAUUAGACCGUGUUUUUGCAAAGCCUUUUGUUGCAUCAUUAGAUGGCCACAGGGAUGGUGUUAACUGCAUGGCUAAGCAUCCAAACAGCUUGUCUACAGUUUUGUCUGGAGCAUGUGAUGGAGAGGUUGGUGAUGAUAAAACCGUGAAGCACUGGAAAAUGGAGGCGCCAGCUUAUGGGGAAGCAGAAGAACCGCUAAAUACGAUUCUUGGAAAGACUGUGUACACUGGAAUUGAUCACCAUUGGAAGGAUCCUGUUUUUGCUACUUGUGGUCAUCAAGUUGAUAUCUGGGAUGAACAGAGAACCAGUCCUUUAUGCUCUUUGACGUGGGGAGUCGAUAGCAUAAGCAGUGUCAAAUUCAAUCCAAUUGAGAUGUACCUUUUGGGAAGCUGUGCUUCAGACAGGAAUAUUGUGCUAUAUGACAUGAGACAAUCAACGGCAUUGAAGAAGGUUAUCUUGGAUAUGAGAACAAAUACGCUUUGCUGGAAUCCCAUGGAAGCUUUCAUUUUCACUGCUGCAAAUGAGGACUUCAACUUAUAUACUUUUGAUAUGCGGUUUCUUGACAAGCCUGUAGUGGUUCAUAUGGAUCAUGUGUCUGCAGUCCUUGAUGUGGAUUACUCUCCUACUGGGAAAGAAUUUGUGUCUGCCAGCUUUGAUAAAUCUAUUCGCAUUUUUCCAGUGGACAAAGGUCAUAGCAGAGAAGUCUAUCAUACAAAGCGAAUGCAGCAUGUCAUUACUGUUAAAUGGACAUCUGACAACAAAUAUAUCUUGUGUGGCUCUGACGAAAUGAACAUUCGUUUGUGGAAAGCUAAUGCUUCUGAAAAACUUGGUGUGCUUCUUCCUCGGGAAAAAGCAGCUAUGAACUACAAUGAGAAAUUGAAAGAGAAAUUCCAGCACCACCCCCAAAUCAAACGUAUAAGUCGCCAUCGACAUUUGCCAAAGAUGAUCUACAGCCAGGCCAGAGAGCAACGCAUCAUGAGAGAAGCUCGUCGGCGAAAGGAAAUGAAUCGACGGAAACACAGCAAGCCUGGAUCUGUACCGCUUGUGUCAGAGAAGAAGAAACACAUUGUGGCUGUAGUGAAAUAAUAGUUUAUAUAAUGGCCUGUUUUAUUGGUUGAAUUCUUAAAGACAAUGUGCACAUCCUUUUGUUAUAGGAGAUAAUUCUGACACUUUUACUUUUUAAAUGUCUCCAUUACUAUUGUAAUGUUUGGAUUUUGCAUUAAAAAGGCAUUUAAAAUUUUAUAUCUAGAUAUGCUACUGAUAUAGUUUAGGUUAAUUUUGUGACCUCCAGUAGCAUUUCAUUCUGUUGUACCUUCUGUCAAUUUUAAUUUUGUGUCACCUGAAAAAGAGACACAGGUGUUGUAUCCACUGCCAAAAAGGAUGAACAACUUCAUUAUGCAACAAGCAGCUUUCCCUUUACUAGAGACUACAUAAGCAUUCAGCAUGUAAUUUCUAAAAUCCUAUGAAGAGUUCUUCAUAGGCUAGAUAAUUUAGGAAACCCUAGUGUUAUGACACUUGCCUGUGUUUCCUUACUGCACCCAUCAACAUAAUUGAGCAGUUGUCAAUAUGUGAUAUUAAAACAAAGAUUGAAUUGAAAACCAAAAGGAAUUGAAAACCAAUAAAGAUACUUGAAAAUAAAAUCCAGGAGCAGGACCCAGUAAAAAUUCUGCCCUACUCAGAUUUUUCUUGAAAAAUUCACAUAGACUGUUAGUGAUGUCCUCCAUAGGAAUAAUUCAGUAAGUACUCCUGAGACAGAAAGUACUGGUCUCAUAUUUUUGCAUCUCCAAGUAAUGCUGGAAAAGAAACUGAAACACUUGAAGAAUCUCUGCCAGUCAGUGAAAUCAGUGGGAAAUGGACCAGUAGCCUGACUUUAUUUAAGGCAGACUUUGUUUCUGGGAUUUCUGCAAUAAUUUAAACCAUCUGGGGGGGCAUCGAUUGAUAUUAAACUGGCCAAACAUUUACUAACAGUUGCCUUGUUUUCUGCUUGUAGUUAUGGCUCACAAAAUAUCUGUGCAGUUUCCUCCGCAAAUGAUCAUCAAGCCCUGUGGUGAUGGCCUGGAACUUUGCAUUGUGUGUGCUAUUCAUUACCUACUUCCAGUUCUAUCAGUUGCUACUUAUUCCCUGUGUCGAGUCAUAGUGAGCUAUAAUCGGCUUCUCUAGGAGAAGUGUUUCUAAUUGUGGGAUUGGGUUAACGAUCUGUAUCUGAGCCUUCAGCAAGGAGCUUCUUGCAUCUUAAGUGACAGGAGUAGGAUCAGCAUGGUCCUAAGUGCUAAUUUUUCUGAAGAGAGCCUAAUGGGUGCAGAGCUCUGCAGAGGAUUUUAUCCAUAGGAACAAAAGACCUGAAGAAGGAAGGGGAUGUUGACCAUAGGAAAAUGCUGCAUCAUAGAUGAGAUGGAAGUAGCACAUCAGCAAAUUUCUUUACCAGACUGUGUUGAUGACAGGAAAUGAUUUCUCAUGCCAUAAGCAUUCAGGACACAAUAAGCCAAAAUUAUUUUUCCUACAAAGCAAGUAAUCUAGUUUUUAAAAUUGAAGGAGAAACAUUUAAUUGGUACAGCUGGAUAAAUAAAGGUGUAUUUAUAGAUAAGCUAUUUGAGGAAUAGAGCCUGUUGGGUUUUUUUGAACUAGUUAAGGCAAAAAUUUAACCUUUGUGAACAAAUCCAUGGACAAUAUUUGCAGCUGCAUCUUUUUUGCAAUAGAGUAUUUGCAAUCAGAAAAUACUGGGAUGUUUCUGAUAAACCCGUGUUUCAAAAUAAUCCUUCUCUUUCUGGUUGUCUCUGAAGCCCCAAAAACAUCAGCGAAAAAAGCAUAUAGAGUAAAUAACUGUUUUAAAAUGGCAAUCUCAAAAUGUAGAACAAAAUGGAACCCAUUUGUUGGGAAAGUUUAUGUAAAGUAUCUCUUUUUCAAAUAUUCUAUUCAAAUAUAUGAAAGUAACAAUAUUAUUUUGUCAUACUCACUCUAAAGGAUUCUAAUACAAUUAAGCUUUAGUGACUUAUUUUAUACUUCCAUAUUUAAUAAUAAAAAUUCACUCUAUAUGAAAGUAAAAGUAUUUCCCAGUAUACUAUUAUAUACACCUUUGGGGGUUUUGUUUAUUGUUUUGCAUUUUUUGCUCUGGCCAUGUUUGCCUCUGGCCACACACAUCACUGGUAUGUGGCCCCCAGAAGGGUUCCCAUGAGGUAAUGUGGCCCUUGGGCUGAAAAAGUUCUCCCAUGCCUGGGUUGAUUUAUUUGAACAGCGUAUAAUGUGACCCCAUUAACAUUUCUUAGUGUUUCUGGUUAACAUUUCUUAGUGUUUCUGGUUUCUGAAAAAAACCAUGUAAGUCUGAAUCAACUUUAUGGUCAAUGCUGCCCAUUUGUUCUGUGCUGAGAGAAUAAUCAGAGCAAACUCCCUUCAAUAAAAUGAGAAUUAGCAAACUUACAGGAACAUGACUAAAGUGGUGCUCUUCAAAGUGCCAAAGCUCAGAUUACAGGAAUUCAUCAUAUCCAUGAAUCAGAUAGCAUUGGUCUUGCAGUGUAAUUCUACCUAAAUUAUGUUUGUCAGUUGAGAAUGCCAAAUUAAAUGCUGUUUUGUCAAAAUUUA